GCGCUCGGCGGGGAGGAAGCAGAGGAGGAGGAGGAGGAGGACACUCCUUGGACCCGGCUGGCUCCUCCUGCUCUCGCUCGAGGCUCCGACGCGCAGCCAAAAGCGAAUCGCGGCGGCCGCGCUCGGCAGAGGCUCCGACGGCUCCGCUGCUCGCCCAAGCGUCCGCGACCCAGCCAUGGCAAGAAACCAGCAGGUGCAGAAGGCCAAGCUGGCCGAGCAGGCUGAGCGCUACGAGGACAUGGCAGACUUCAUGAAGGCCGUGGUGGAGCACGGGGACGAGCUGUCCAACGAGGAGCGCAACCUGCUGUCCGUGGCCUACAAGAACGUGGUGGGCUGCCAGCGCUCGGCCUGGAGGGUGAUCUCCAGCAUCGAGCACAAGACCGAGGAGGGCGACGACAAAGCGCAGGUGGUGAACGAGUACCGGGAGAAGGUGGAGCAGGAGCUCAACGCCGUCUGCAACAACGUCCUGGGCUUGCUGGACAAGUAUCUCAUCAAGAAGGACAGCGACACCGAGAGCAAGGUCUUCUACCUGAAGAUGAAGGGCGACUACUUCCGAUACCUGGCCGAGGUGGCCAGCGGGGACGACCGCCUGUCGACGAUAGAGAAGGCCCAGGAGGCCUACCAAGAGGCCAUGGACAUCAGCAAAAAGGAGAUGCAGCCCACGAACCCCAUCCGCCUGGGGCUGGCCCUCAACUUCUCCGUGUUCCACUACGAGAUCGCCAACGCCCCCGAGCAGGCCAUCUCCCUGGCCAAGACCACCUUCGACGAGGCCAUGGGCGACCUGCACACGCUCAGCGAAGACUCCUACAAGGACAGCACCCUCAUCAUGCAGCUGCUCAGGGACAACCUCACGCUAUGGACAGCCGAGUGCGCCGGCGAAGACGGCGGCGAGGCUGGCGAAGAGCCCAAGAACUGAGCGUCCCCUGCCGAGCCGGGGGCCGGCCCCACCUGCCCCGCUCCAGACCCUUCGGCAUCUCUUCGUGGUUUUUUUUUUUUUUUUGGUUGUCGUUUUUUUGAUUUUUUUUUUUUUUUUUUGGAUGGUUUUGGUGGGGAGGAGUCCCAGCUCCCCCCCCAACCUGGAUACCGGGAGUGGGGGUGGUUUUGGCAGGGCCCCUCCCUCCCUCUCCCCCUUCCUCUGCUCUGGGGAGGGGGAGAAGAGGGAGAGGGGGUGCCUGUGUCCCGGAGAGCUGCCAGCCCCCCAGCUAUUUAACAUUUUUUUGUGGGGGGUGUCCCCUCUGGCUUGUGCCAGCUCCAAACCCCCUGUCCCAGAGGGCUGGAGCAGCGACAGGAGGAGGUGAGGGGCUGGGCCGGGGCGAGGGGGGGUCCGGGCAGCCCCCCCAUUCUGGGAGGGGGUCGCGUGUUGCCUGUGUGCUCCAAUAA